AUGUAUCUAUCUAUCUGUCUGUCUAUCUAUCUAUCAACAUCUUGCAGUUCAUUAUCUAUCUAUCUAUCUAUCUCUCUAUCUAUCUAUCUAUCUAUCUCAUUAUUCGCCUCUUUCAUUCAUUCGCUCCUUUCAUUAUUGUUUCCAUUUUUCUUUCCUUCUGUAUUUCUCGAUGUCCACUUCUCCCAAUUUUUACUCUUUCCUACAUACGCACGCAUGCUCACAGUCUAUCACACGCUUACGCUGCUUUAUUUGUCUUUUUUUCUUUUUUUAAAUAUAGCUAAUUCACACGUCAUUCCAACCAACACUUCAGACCCGUCUUUUCCUAGAAAGUUACGGUUACACUGUGACGUGAAAUAUCUAUUGCUGUGUCACUUCGUGCUUGAGAAAUAUUUCUAUUCACAUUACUUGCUAUCCUCUUCUGCCUCACCGGCUCUACUCUUCUGGCUCACCUGCUAUCCUCUUCUUCCUAACCCGCUAUCCUCUUCCGCCUCAGCUGCUUUCCUCUUCUUAUUAACCCACUAUCCUCUGCUGUCUCACCUGCUAUCCUCUUCUGCCUCACCUGCUCUCCUCUUCUGCCUCACCUGCUAUCAUCUACCGCCUCACCUGCUAUCCUUUUACGCAUCACCUGCUAUGCUCUUCUGCCUCACCUGCCAUCCUCUUCUGCCUCACCUUCUAUCCUCUUCUGCCUCACCUGCUACCCUCUUCUGCUUCACCGCUCACCUCUUCUGCCUCACCUGCUAUAAUCUACCGCCUCACCUGCUAUGCUCUCCUGCCUCCCCUGCUAUCCUCUUCUGCCUCACCUUCUAUCCUCUUCCGCCUCACCUGCUACCCUCUGCUGCCUCACCUGCUCUCCUCUUCUGCCUCACCUGCUAUCAUCUACCGCCUCACCUGCUAUCCUUUUACGCAUCACCUGCUAUCCUCUUCUGCCUCACCUGCUCUCUUCUUCUGCCUCACCUUCUAUCCUCUUCCGCCUCACCUGCUACCCUCUGCUGCCUCACCUGCUACCCUCUUCUGCCUCACCUUCUAUCCUCUUCCGCCUCACCUGCUACCCUCUUCUACCUCACCUGCAAUCUUCUUCUGCCUCACCUGCUCACCUCUUCUGCCUCACCUGCUAUCAUCUACCGCCUCACCUGCUAUCCUUUUACGCAUCACCUACUAUGCUCUUCUGCCUCACCUGCUAUCCUCUUCUGCCUCACCUGCUAUCCUCUUCCGCCUCACCUGCUAUCCUCUGCUGCCUCACCUGCUAUCCUCUUCCGCCUCACCUGCUACCCUCUGCUGCCUCACCUGAUAGCCUCUGCUGCCUCACCUGCUACCCUCUUCCGCCUUACCUGCUAUCCUCUUCUGCUUCACCUACUACCCUCUUCUGCCUCACCUGCUAUCCUCUUCCGCCUUACCUUCUACCUCCUUCCGCCUUAG